UGCCAUUGAUAUGGAGAUCCUGCUUACGUACAUGUCUCUUUUCUUCAAUUUAGAAUAACAUACCUCUUGGUGAUUACUUGAGACAUCAUGUUUCAACAUAUUAUAGCUGGGAUGGCCCUGGAUCUGCCCAUACUUUGCCCAUCUCAAAAACUAGGGAAGCCACAAAUGUUGUAAAAGAUAUUUGGUUUUUGGGCGGGGUUGAUCUCAGGCCAGCAUGACCUUGGUCCAAAAUGUAUUUGUUGAAGUAUAGCGGUUUUGUUGCGUUUCUGCAAAAGUUGGUUGUGUGGUCUUGGUCGAGAUUUAUCGUCUUUAAGUCCUCUUCGGUAUCUUAAUUCAGUUAUGUCUAGUGAUACCCUCACUGGCCUUCCUAAUGGCAGUGUCAAUGCACAUUCUGCUCCACAAAGAACUUACCAAGUUGUUGUAGCUGCGACUCCCAACAUGGGUAUUGGUAAGGAUGGGAAAUUACCCUGGAGAUUGCCUUCUGAGCUCAAAUUUUUUAAGGAUGUUACUAUGGCUACAUCAGAUCCUGUGAAAAAGAAUGCAGUCGUAAUGGGUAGAAAAACAUGGGAAAGUAUUCCCCUGGAGCAUCGGCCUUUAUGUGGUCGUCUUAAUGUUGUUCUGACUCGUUCUGGGAGUUUUGAUAUUGCAACUGCAGAGAAUGUUGUUAUAUGUGGGAGUGUUGCUUCUGCCUUGGAAUUAUUAGCAGCAUCUCCUUAUUGUCUAUCAAUUGAUAAAGUGUUUGUUAUAGGAGGUGCUCAGAUUUUAAGGGAAACCCUCAAUGCUCCUCAAUGUGAUGCAAUCCACAUUACAGAAAUUGAGGCAAGUAUUGAGUGUGACACUUUUAUCCCUGCCGUUGACUCCUCUGUAUAUCAGCCGUGGUACUCAUCCUUCCCUGUAGUGGAAAAUGAUAUCCGCUAUUCUUUCACUACUUAUGUUCGUGUGAGGAAUGCUGCAAUUGAACCCCUUGGUCAAACCAAUGGUCUGACGUCUGACUGUGUCUCAGAUAAUGCUAAGUUUGAGGUAAUGAAGUUUUCUUUCCUUCCCAAGAUGAUUUUUGAGAAACAUGAGGAACACGCGUAUUUGAGAUUGGUUCAAGAUAUAAUUACAAAUGGCACUUUGAAAGAUGACAGGACAGGGACUGGUACCUUAUCAGAAUUUGGCUGCCAGAUGCGGUUCAAUUUGCGUAAAUCUUUUCCACUUCUAACAACUAAGAAAGUAUUUUGGCGAGGUGUGGUUGAAGAGCUUCUGUGGUUCAUAAGUGGUUCAACAAAUGCCAAGGUCUUACAGGAGAAGGGCAUUCAUAUAUGGGAUGGCAAUGCAUCCAGAGACUACCUUGAUAGUAUUGGGUUGGUGGAUAGGGAAGAAGGUGACUUAGGACCCGUAUAUGGGUUCCAGUGGAGGCAUUUUGGUGCUAGGUACACAAACAUGCAUGCUGACUACACUGGCCAAGGAUUUGAUCAGUUAUUAGAUGUUAUUGACAAGAUCAAGAAUAAUCCAGAUGACCGCCGGAUUAUUCUUUCAGCUUGGAAUCCUUCGGAUCUCAAAUUGAUGGCACUUCCACCUUGCCACAUGUUUGCGCAGUUUUAUGUAGCCAAUGGGGAGUUAUCAUGUCAAAUGUAUCAGCGCUCUGCUGACAUGGGCCUGGGUGUGCCAUUUAACAUUGCAUCUUAUGCCCUCUUGACUUGCAUAAUUGCUCAUGUUUGUGAUCUUGCUCCAGGUGAUUUUGUCCAUGUUAUUGGAGAUGCUCAUGUUUAUCGCACUCAUGUCAGACCUCUUCAGGAGCAGCUCCAGAAGCUGCCUAAACCCUUUCCAAUUUUAAAGAUCAAUCCCGAGAGGAAGGAUAUAGAUUCCUUUAUCGCAGCUGAUUUCAAACUCAUUGGUUAUGAUCCUCACCAGAAAAUAGAAAUGAAAAUGGCGGUGUAGAGUCACGGUCUUAUAAUAUGGUGAAGGAAACUCAGACACCCUGUUCCCUCCUUUUCAAAUAAUAUCUGCUAUUAAUGGAGGCAAAAAGUACUGGAUGUUUAUGUUGUCAAAGGAUUGUGUAUGGAGUUAAAAGAACUACUAAGUGGAUGGGAUAUACAUAAAUGAUUACAUAUGUAGGAACUGAGAAUCCCUUGGUUCCACCCUCUAAUAAAUGGUGGUUUCUAAGGUGAUUUAGGGUACAUUUUUCUUUUUCACAUUUUCGAGGUUUGGUUUUUCACUGUUAUAUGAAUUCAAACUAACAAAUGCUAUAUCGCUAUAUAUUUGCUGUACUGUGGGAUGAAUUUUUAUCUUCUUUA